ACAUCCCCCACAUUUCUCAGUGCAUUUUCAUUACAAGACUACAAAAAUGCUAUUAAAACUAAAGACGCAUUAAACAAAACAACGUACAUUAACUUUACAAAUUUUAAACAUUUUAAUAUAUUUUAAUACUAUACUGAGUGCACUCCUAGUGUACUGGAACACAUUGGAAGCUUGCUGGUAGUCGGAGCUGCAAGUCGCAAGUCGCGACGCGCGAGUUCAGGUGAACCAGGUGAGCCAUUCGCAAUCGGGCAAUCGGCGAGCAACCUUCGCGCGCCGACCGACCAACAAGUAAGUUCACAAGUGCCCGCAGAACUCUCUUCCAACUCGUGUGUGGAGGCGACACCGACUGGCGAAAAGUUUUGCGAACUCGCGACGAAUCAACACAUCAACAGUUCACGAAGAGUCGUGUCAUUCAACGGUUCAUAAAAUAAAAUAAAAAUUAAAUUUAAUAAAAAGUUACAAUAUUCACAUAAACACCACGAGUAAAUAAAAAGUUUAAAUUGCAAAAAGGACAUUUUUAAUUACUUCUUGAAGAAAAAUAAAUAACAAGUUUAUCGACUGAAUAUCAUGUCCAUCAAAGUAUAAAUUGAUUUUAUACCUACUACACUUUAUAUAUUGAAGAUUUUACAACAUUUUACCACAAAACAUGGCGUCAAAACUAUCGCAGAUGCAGGCACGUUUCCAACAACGUCAGAUGGCUGAGAAGGAAGAGAAACUCCUGAAACUCUAUGAGAACCAACAACAAAGGGCCUUCGACAAGGUCAACCAUGGUAGUGCUGGUAGUAAUGGUUCCUUGAGUAAUAUCACAACAGGAAAUGGUAAAGUCCGUCAAAUGUUUGAUGAAAGAAGGCAGAAAGCUGGAAUUGAUCGGAGUUAUCCAUUGGAACCAUUAAGUAAGACCAUGCCUGUGCCUUCCAAGACCAAUACCACCAGAGGCAACAGUUUGGAUAGAAGACCUUUGAAUCAAACUAUAAAAACCACAAGUCGUACAACCACCAGGACUACCACCAAAUUAAACAGUACCAUGAGGAAACCUUUGGCCAAUACAGGUUUAUACAACAAUAAUAACAACUCCAGAGGUAUGGAUGAAGCAGAGAAAUAUCUUCAGGAGCAUGAAGAUUUGGUUAAGAUCAUGAAUAAAAACAACAUUAAUGAUGAUUUGGAGGAUGAAGUGAUGCCGAGGAUAGGCUUUGAUGAUUUAGGUUAUGAUGAGGAUAUUUUCACUGGAAAGUUGGCGAAUGUAGGAGGGAAGCUUCCAAGUCAAAUUGUUGUUCAGAAAAGUGAGGUUAAAAGCACUACUAAACCAGGAACAAAUAAAAAUGGCGUUGGUAAACCACCUGCCAAAAGGCUCGUGCAACAGCAGCGCCCCGCCCAGAUCAAGCAGCAGGCACCCCCAUCCCCGGCGACCAGUUUAACCAGCAGUCGUAAUAAUAACACACGCAGUGAAUCUUCUUCUUCUGGUAAUAGUAGUAAAGAAUCAACGCCUACGGCUUCUCCAGCUAAAACAAUGUCACGUCCGUUGCGUCCUCCACAAAGUGGAGAUGCGAUGCGAGCGCCAUCUUCAGCUACCGCUCGUCCAUCUGCCAGAACCUCGGUACUACCACAAAGCGUGCAGAGGGAUGAUUUGACAGCGUGUAGAUUCUGUCAAAGGCGAUUCCAGACUGAUCGCAUUCAGAAACAUGAAGAUAUUUGUGGGAGGACAGCGAAAAAGAAGAGGAAGGUCUUCGAUUCGACUAAACAUCGAGUGUCUGGUACUGAUGUUGAACCCUAUGCGAAACGAAUCUCGAAAACGGUGAAUAAGAAUGCAGCCAGUGAGAAGGUUGCACAGAGACAAUCCACAACUAAGAGUAAAGCAACAACGUCUAAUACCGGUUGGAGGCAAAAACACGAGGAAUUUAUCGCUGCUAUUCGUGCGGCGAAGCAAGCGCAGGCGCAUAUCGCUAAAGGUGGUGAUAUUCGUGACCUGCCUCCACCUCCGCCAUCUUCAAAUCCUGAUUAUGUGCAGUGUCCGCAUUGUGGCCGCCGUUUUAAUGAAUCUGCUGCAGCGCGUCACAUUCCAAAAUGCGCUAACUAUCAAUUUAACAAACCCAAACCAGGACGCAAAUAAUUUAUGACUAAAUUUAUUAAUCUUAUGGUUAAAUCACAAUUGUUUCCUGCUUUUAGUUUGUAGACUGAUUACAAAUUGAGAAUCUAAAAUUAUAUAUGAAUCCUAAUUAAUUUAAAAAUGUAUUUACUGAAGUUGAAUAUUUAACACACUUAGUUUUAGUCGAGUGUGUAAAAUGAAAUUAAUAGAAACUAAAAAUUGCUGUUAUAAUUUUUGUAUUGUUUUUACUUUUUAAUGUGUCGGAUGGAUAAUGGAUAUGUUGAUGAAGAAUGAAAAUAUGUGAGAUGUUGUUAAGGAAAAGAAACUAUUUUAUUGGUGCUGUGCUAUUAAUUACUAUUAAGCUGUAACGCUUUAAAUUUAGGAACGUUAUUAUUUUAAAAUUAUUUGUAAAACUAAAAUUGCAAGCAUAAAUAAAUAAAAUAUUUUUUAAAGAAA